AAUUUAACCGGUGGAAGCAAUGGCGGAGUACAUAUCACUGACGUUACAAACGCCUCUCGUACUAUGUUCAUGGACCUUAAUACUUUAGAAUGGAGUCAAACCAUUCUUGACUUUUUUAAUGUUAAGAAAAAUUGUCUUCCUAAGAUAUGCUCAUCUUCCGAAGUCUAUUGUCACAUUAAAAUAAGAGAUAGUGAAAUUCCAAUCGCUGGAAUUUUGGGUGAUCAACAAGCUGCUUUAGUAGGUCAAAAAUGUUUUAAAAGUGGUGAAGCUAAAAACACUUAUGGUACUGGUUGUUUUAUGUUAUUUAAUACCGGUACUACCCCUUUUUUUUCAAAAUCCGGUCUACUCACAACCGUUGGAUACAAAUUUGGAAAUAAUCCACCUGUUUAUGCUCUAGAAGGCUCCAUAGCUGUCGCUGGUUCUGCUAUUCAAUGGCUUCGUAAUAAUUUAGGCAUUAUUAAAGAAUCUAAAGAGAUUAAUGACCUUGCUGCUUUAACCCCAGAUGUUGGUGGUGUAUAUUUUGUUACUGCUUUUUCUGGUCUUUACGCUCCUUAUUGGCGUGAUGAUGCUCGAGGGUGUAUAGUUGGGAUUACUCAAUAUACGAAAAAAGAACAUAUUGCUCGUGCAACUCUUGAAGCUACUUGCUUCCAAACUCGUGCUAUUUUGGAAGCUAUGAAUAGUGAUUCUAAUCAUCCUUUAACUUACCUAAAGGUUGAUGGUGGUAUGACUUCUUCGGAUUUGUGCAUGCAAAUCCAAGCUGACAUUCUUGGAAUAAAUGUAGACCGUCCAGCAAUGAGGGAAACAACUGCAUUGGGUGCAGCUAUUGCUGCUGGCCUUGCUGUUGGCGUUUGGAAAUUAAGUGAUCUGGAUAAAGUUAAUAGCGAUGGUAAUGAUAUUUUUAAACCUCAAGUCUCUCGAGAAAAUGCUGCACAGAGAUAUCAACUUUGGCAAAAAGCUGUUGAGAGAAGUUUUGGUUGGGCAUAA